GUGGGCUGCGUCAAAAUGGGCGCGGCAAAGUGGGCUGCGUCAAAGCGGGGUGUACCCGUCGCAGUAACGGGCCGGCCAAAACAGAUUACUUACAAUUUUGUGUUAUGGAGGCAAAAGAUGAGGAUCACAAUGUCGGAAAAAAAUUAUCUUUGGACACACAAAUUAUCGUAUGGAACAAAUAAAGAUUUAUUUGGAGGCAUCUAG